UGUGACACUGUGCUGAGACAAACGUGUUUUUUUAAUUAUUAACGUGAUAUAAUAAAGUACACAAACAUUGUGUUAUUAAGUGAAUUAGAUAAAAAAGAAAUAGUGAAAAUUAAUUUUUUAAUUAGGUAGCACUAAAUAAAAAAAAAUAGUGUAAAAAAAGUGCAAUGGUGCAGCGAAAUUCUGCAAUGCGUGUCAGCAUUGAAGGGUUGAAAAGAAUGGUGUCGGUACGCCGUGGUAACAGCGAGCGACGUGAUUUGGAAUCGCAACAGACGUCUCCUAGCAGGAAUCCAUGGAAAUGGAGGCUAUUAUGUGAUGCUCCUCUGCUGAUAAUCAUUAUCCUGCUGACCGGUCUGUUCGAGCUGGGAGUGAUACCUUCGUACAAAGUGGGAUUCUACUGCAAUGAUCCCAAACUUUCGUUCCCUUUCAAAGGGGACACGGUGUCCAUGACGGCUCUUAUCGUCGGCGCAGCUUUAAUUCCAAUAGGAGUGUUUUGGCUGACAGAAUUAUUCCACGUGGACAGCAGCAGCUCUGUUCGAGAGAAACUGUUACAAGUGACUCAGCGUACUGGACAGCUCAAUAUGAUAUACCUGUACGGUUUGAUUUUCAAUCUGUCGCUCGUAGAAGUGAUGAAGGGCAUCACGGGAAGUCCGCGACCAAACUUCUUUGCUGUAUGCCAGCCUGAUACCAAUAAGGCGUGCCAAAAUGGUACUGAGUACAUAACGAGCUUCGAGUGCACAUCGACGAAUUUCUCGAUGUACUACAAAAACGACUCCUUCAGAAGCUUCCCAUCGGGACAUGCAUCUAUAGGUGUUUAUUGGGGAUUCUUUUUAACAUGGUACCUCCAGAAGCGAGUGUUCAAAUGGAGAAAUCGGUCAGUGGUGUUCAUACCGUUCCUUCAGAUGACCUUCAUGUCCUUAGCGGCAGUGUGCGCAUUGACCAGGAUCACGGACAACCGACACCACUGGUGGGAUGUGCUGGUUGGGGUGCUUAUUGGGUUUGCCACAGUAUACUAUGCUGUUAAAGUACUUUGCAACGAAUUCUCUGAUAUACAAUCAAUUGCAUCAGAAGAGAACCAGACUGAGAAGACGCCGAUAUUCAAUCACAGAAGAGAAGAUACAAGUCCGGCGUGUUAUAGAUAAUUACUGCAAUUUAUAAGUAUUUAGAAUUUUAAAGUUUUGACAGAGACUUGACCGUAGAAUAAACGUGCGCGGAGAUUGAAAUGAAUAGAAAAUAUAGGUGCAAUUUUCUUGCUCCAUUAUAUAUAUAUAUAUAUAUAUAUAUAUAUAUAUAUAUAUUCUUUAUUGUACACUUGUAUAUAAAAUAUAAAAGGGUGGACUUAUCUCUGACAGAGAUCUCUUCCAGUCAACCCAGUACAGUGAGAGUAAGCAUGAGUAACCAUGUCGUUAGCGGGCGGCUGAAGUGCUACAACUAUUAAUACAUAAACAAAUAUACAGUUAAAUAAAAUAUUAAAAUAUAUAAUACAAUAUUACAUAAAUACAUACACUAUAAAUAAACAUAAUACAUACAUACUGGUAUAAUAAAUGUUAAAAUAAAUGUAUUUCUAAUGUAAAUACUUACAUUAGAAAUUUAGUUCAAUGAUUUUAAGAUUUGACAGUUCAAUUAGAAAAAUAAAAAAUUAUAACUUAAGGGAAAGGAAAUGUGAUUUCAACCUUUUCUUGAAAGAGAUAUUUAAGUAAGUAUAACUAAUUAUUUAAGUGUGAAAAUCAGAAAUACUAAAAAUAUGCAUUAAUAAAUUAAUAUAUAUUUCCUAUUUCAUAAAGACAUAGCCGUGUAGUCUUGGCAUAGAAUAAUAGAGUGUCCCUUCCUUUUCCGUGGGUGUCAUUAGAAGUGCCUAAGAGAGGGCGAAGGAUGGGGGCAGCAGCGUCCUUCUUAAAACAUCUCCAAAGUCCAAUUGUGGUUGCCAAUCCGCCUGCCAAGCGUGGCAACGAUUGGCAAAACUGUCCAAGGGAGGCUUAUGUUCAGCAAUGGACAGUUAAAGGCUGAUAUGAUGACAAUGAUGAUGAUUCUAUAAGGAAAGAUAUUGUGUAAACUUUAUUAUUUAUUGUCAGACACUUGGCAACCCACUCUUUCUGUGCCAUACUGGGUUAAUAGUUUUUUUGAGCUGUGUACAUUGAAUAGCAAAGAAUUCCAAUUAUAUUAUAAGUACUAUUUAAGAGUCUGACAAUAAAAAAAUAGUAUUAAAUAUUUAUAUAAUAAGGAAAAUUAAUAUUUAUUAACGGGAAUUUAAUGACCAUAUAUUGUUUGUCGUUUAAGACAAUUGUUUUAACUUUUUCAGGAAGUCUUAACAAUUUCACUAUUCAAAUUUAAAAGUGACAAAGAGAUGAGGGUGUAAGUGCAAAAAAAAAAUUAAACCGUUCCAUACUAAGAUAACAGACAGCUGGAUGCGUCAUAUUUUUUUAUAAGUGACAAUGGUAAUCCCGCCUGCGCUAUCGAUAUACGCUGGCCUAGCCCAUCGUAUUGAAUUUUACAAGAAUUAACUACGAUAGUUUUCAGGGAAAACCGCAUGGAGUUCGACCUGAUAGAAUAUAUUGCUAACAAUGUGGUUGUUCGAUCCCCAUUACUAACAAUCCCUUUCCCCCGGAUACGCCAUGGUAGUAUGACAAUCUCAAAUUUUAUUUUUUUAUUUCUACUUAAUUUUUUUUUUGGGUAAAAGAAUUCAAAUUCUCUGAUAGAGGCUGCUAAUGGUUCCGAAUCAAUAUAUUACACGUUAAUAUUAUAUUAAAUUGUACUAAAUAUAUAAAAAAACCGUCCAUAAAAUAUUAAUUUACUUCACUGUAUUUAUGUAUAUACGACUAUGUAUAGUAAAAAAAUAUUUAUAAGAUUUAUUAAUUAAGUAUUCAGAUGUGUAAAUAAAUUAGAAAAUUAUGUGCGUAUGUGUGCAUAGCAAAAUAUUAUUUAAUUUUAGCAAUUAAUUAAUUACUUCUAGAUAAGU